AUGGAAGACUCCCCAAUGGACGACGACGCCAUUGCCCUCGAAACCCCCACCUCCGACGUCUUCGUCCCGCCAUCCAUCAACCGAUCCGCCCUCCUCACCGGCAACUCCUACACCCACUUCAGCCCCGUACCCCCCUCCCUCCUCCCCUCCCAAACCGAAGACUCAUCCUCCACCCCAGGGCUACCCUGCUGCCUCGGCGUCGACGAAGCCGGCCGCGGCCCCGUCCUAGGCCCCAUGGUCUACGGCAUCUUCUACCUCCCGCUCCCACUCUCCGACCCAUUACUCAAAAUGGCACACCACUUCGACGACAGCAAGGUCCUUACGCCCGCCGUGCGCAGCUCGCUAAUGGAGACUCUCUGCACAUCAGGAUCCGACCUCCACUCCUCGAGCGGCUGGGCCGUUUCCGCGCUGUCGGCACGCGACAUUGGCGCCAACAUGCUGAAGCCGACAUCCAUGUACAAUUUAAAUGCCCAGGCGAUGGACGCGACGAUCGAAUUGAUCGAGGGGGUCUUUGCACGGGGGGUCAACAUCCAAGAAAUAUAUGUGGAUACCAUUGGGCAGCCGGCCGCGUACCAGAAGAAGCUCGAGCGUGUGUUUCCUGCGGCCAAAAUCACUGUCGCCAAGAAGGCGGAUAGUCUAUACCCUUGCGUCAGCGCGGCGAGCGUGUGCGCCAAGGUGACGCGCGAUGCGGCUCUCGAGGUGCUGUAUGAGGCUCGGGCCGGGGAUGAGGAGACGGGAGACGAGAACGGAGGCAAAAAGGGCGAGAGUAAGACUUGGGGUUCAGGAUACCCGUCUGAUGCUCGUUGUACGUCGUGGUUGAGGAGAAAUAUGCACCCCGUUUUUGGCUGGGGGCCAGAAUGCAGGUUUAGUUGGGGCACAGCAAAGGACAUGCUCGAAGGCAAGGGUGGUGUUAAAGUAGAUUGGCCGGCGGACGAAGAUGAGGGAAUGAGUUCCUUGACGAGUUUCUUCACCGACAGCAGUAGGGAAAAGGAUGCAGAUGAGCUUGGCACCUGGUUUGGUACCCCUGCCGGACUCGAAGCGUUUUAG